UACCUAUAAUAUUUUAUUUAUUCGUAAUUCUUAUAAAAUAUAUUCAAUUGACUGUUAUAAUAUUGAAGUGAAACUAUAAUAUUCUAUUAUUGACUAUUGAUUUCUGCAGGUUCCAGACUAUAGGCUUUCGAUUGAUCGUAAAUUAACCACUAUUAAUAAAUUAGCAAUUACUAAUUACUGGAUAGUGUGUGUUUAACUCACAUCUCACAGUAAUAAGUGUUUAGUUUUAAAAGUACAAACGUGAUCAGGUUCAUAAGUUGUAAAUAAUAAUGGAAUCAUUAAUUUUGGAAGAUUUAAGAAAUUUAGGAAAAUCCAUUUCUGCUAAAGAAUUUAAAAAAUCAAUUAACGGUGGACCAAAAUCCAUCAAGUAUACUCAAUUAGUUGAAUGGAUAACCAAGGAAAUUCAGAUACUAUUGGGACUAGAAGAACAUGUAAAUUCUAUAACCUCUGAAGCAGAUUCUAGCUCAUUUUUAUUGGAAGUUAGUAGUUUCUUAAAAGAAACUGGUUGUUCUUAUAACACUCUUAUUGCAGGCCACUUUGAAGAUCGUUUAAAUUCAGAUGAAAACAAGUUACUUUUAUUAGAUUAUUUGAUUGGUGAGUUAAGAGCAUCUCGAAUAAUAAAUGCUACCACUGCUAAUACCAAAUGUAAUAUGCAAGUGACAUUAAUUGAAAGCAAUACAUCUAAAUAUGUUAAAGAGAUUUUAAUGACAUUAAAUUUUCCUAAGCCACCACAAGAUAUCAACACUUCUUCUUUAUUCAACAAAGUUAAUUCAAAAUUGCAAGAUCUUCUAAAAACGGUUCCGUCUGCAUUAAUUGGAAAGUCAUUGGUUUGCAAUUCAUACAGUAGUGAACAAUGGAAAUACAUUAAUAAUAGUAUUGAACUUCUUAAUGAAGAAUUUAACAUACGAAGUAAAAUGUUGUUAACUAGACUUGAUGUAACAGUACAAUCAUUUAAAUGGCCUGACAGACUAAGAAAUAAAAAACAAAAAUUGGAAGAAAUUUAUCAAACUAAAUUAAAUCUAAUACAAAAAUUACCUAAUUUUUGUACAUCUGAUUUUCUAUCGGCUAGAGAUGAUUUAGCAAUUGUUGAAAAAACUUCUAGUAUGUUAGCUGUUCAAAAUACAAAUUCAUCAGUUAAUAAGGUUAUGAUUGGUCAAGUACCUGAUAGAGGUGGAAGACCAAAUGAGCAACAAGCACCACCUCCUGAGAUGCCUAGUUGGCAACAAAGAACACAAUCACAAGGAGGUAGAGGUAGUCAAUCAAAUAGAGGUAAUCAGUCAAAUAGAGGUAAUCAGUCAAAUAGAGGUGUACAGUUUAACAGUAGAGGAGGUCAAGGUGGAAUCCCACAAAAUAGAGACAACCAAUCGUAUAGAAACCCUGACAUUGGUGGUUUUCAAGGUGGAUCUAAUGUUUACCAGAUGACUGAUGGAUUUCAAUCAAUUACUGUUGGCAACGAAAGCAGAAAUGUUCAUCAAAAUAAUAGACGAGGGCGAGUGCAAGGUGGCUGGAACAAUUAUCAGCCCAGGGAUUUCCAUGGAAGCAAUCGUGAAGGGCAGAGUAGAGGGUAUGAUAAUUAUAGUCAAGGAACCCAUCAAAAUAAAGGAUAUGAUAACAAUAGAUUUCAAAGUACAACAAAUGAAAGACAAUGGAGCCAAGAUCCUCAGAAUUAUUAUGGAGAUAGUCAAGAUCAGUAUGAUGGGAAUAAUAGAGAGUAUAAUAGAUAUGAUUCUGCUGAUUCCAAUAGACGUGGUUACUCCAAGAGAGGCAGAGGUCAAAAUGGACAAACAUAUUACAAUCAACAGAGAAAUAACUAAAUUGAUUGAUUUGGUAACAUAAUUUAUUACUAAGUAAUUUAUAUAAUCAUGAAGUUGCUUUAUUGUUUAUAACUAAACUAAACAAUUAAUUCAAAGUAUACAAUUAGG